AUGUCCUCUAUUAUGACAACACCAAGGGGAAAGGCAUCCGCCAGCUCAUCGACGCCUUAUGCAACGCCCACAACCACUCGAGUAGCCGGCUCGCAUGUUCUACAGGCUUCUCCCCAUUACACAACAACACGGAGACAUUCACUUUAUGGUACAGAGGAUCGUGUCGUUAUCGAUCCAGGAUCUCGUAUAUGGAAAGUUGGCUUUAGUGGCGAAGGUAAACCGAGAGAUGUAUUCUAUGGCGAACCAAACACUUCUACCUCUCUCUGGGAUCUCAGCCGUGCCACAGACCCGAUAGAAAGAGCUGAACGGGAAAAUAUGCUAGCAAUAAAUCUAGAGAGAUGUUUGCGGUCGGUGUUCCAUCACUCACUAUUGACAGACCCCAAAUCGCGUAAAGUUAUUCUGGUAGAACACCCAUUUCUACCAAUUUACAUCAAACAUAUGAUCGCACGAAUACUCUUCAACAAUUUGCAAGUGCCAUCAAUAUCAUUCGCUUCAAAUCCCCUUUUAUCUCUACUAGCUGUUGGGAGAAUAACAGGACUCGUCCUAGAUUGUGGGCAUCUGGAGUCUACUGCACUACCAAUUUUCGCAUCGAGACCACUUUUCCCUCAAAUUCGUACAACUCCUUUGGCAGGAGAUCGCCUAACAUCUCACCUACGCUCGCUCUUACUUCUCUUUGGCACGUAUCUCCCACCCACCUCACUUAGCGCUGCUGCCAAUAUACCCGCUGCUAAUCGUGCUACUCGUGUACCUCAAGAAGUUUUAACUGAUGCGGUCGUGGAGGAAAUCAAAACCAGGUGUUGCUUUGUGAGCCAGGCUCUCGACAGCGACAACGAUAUGCGAGUAUCAUCGCCAUCAGGCGAUGACUAUAUGAUCGAGCUGGACGUCCCACCAAGCGAUACCACGAUGUCUGAAUCAGAGUUUUCCCGUGGAUCAGUUGGACCUGAAAGUAACAUCUCUUCGCAAGCUGCAUCCUCAGAAUUUUCGAUUGUUUCGCAUUCUCAGCUCUCUAGUGCAGACACAGGUCGCGGGCAGAAUUACUUGCAAGCUCUGGCUAGUAUGUAUACGCGACAUUCUACAGCGACAGAUAUACACAUGCGAGUCGUACCGCCGAUCUCGCAACAGGCAGGCACUGUCCGAGGAACACUUAUAAUACCCGGCUGGAUCCGUGAACGCGCAGCCGAAGUGCUGUUUGAAGGUGGUGACGUCGACGAAAGUAGCGUCGCUGAAGUUAUCUUGGAGGCUCUUCUUAAAGUUCCGGUAGAUCUUAGAAAGACAAUGGCAUGCUCUAUUCUCAUCGUGGGCGGUACACCGAUGCUGCCCGGUUUCAUUCCAAGGCUACAUGCUGAGCUUUUACGGGCCAUUGAGCCUCCGCCCGGAUCGACUAGGCAGCCAGUCCGCCCGGACAAACCAGCUCCACCCCCUUAUGACCGAUAUGCUCCCCUUCGACCACUCACUUCCCAUUUUGCUAUCUUAAACAAUCCCGCACCGCCUCCAGCCACUUCUUCUCGAGCCGUAGCAAACGCGGGAAAAGCUCCUUCAUUCUCUCCGGCCACUUUAGCGUGGGUGGGAGGUUCGUUAGCUGGGUCGCUCAAGACGGGGGGUGUUGAGGUGGCACGAGAGAAAUGGGAUGAGGCUGAGGCAAAUCGUGGUAAUGAUGACGAUGAUGCUGCAGCUUCUGCAGCAGAAGAGCCCACACUGAAGAACGUGAUACCAGAUUGGUCGUAUACACCUUUACCAAUAGGGGCACCUCCCGCGGGUGCCUCAAAAAUACCUAUCGAGUCAGCUUCACCUCGGAUAAAUGUGAAUGCAUAGCCGUUAUCUUU